AAUCUUUGAAAAUCAAUAAAACAUAUUUACAAAAAGAACAAAAACGAUUGGGGGGACAAAAGCUUACAUGACCACUGGGUGACUGAUUUAUGUUUUUUAUCUGUAUGUUUAUAGGUUCAGACUGAAGUUGAUGGGGACAAAAGCUAACAUGACCACUGGGUGAUUGGGCGGGUACGAGCGUUUGCGCGCUCUCGAUGUGUCUCGUAGCACAGUUUCACCUCCAUUCAUAUGUAAAUGACCCGUCAUAUAUACCGAGUACAUGCCCCCUCGGAGCAGCACUAAGGAGCCCAGUCUUUCUGCGAGCUGCGAGCUUUGUUGGCCGCUGGGAUCGCCUCGGCCAUCUGUCCCCCAUUGACGAGCUGUAACGGCUCUUUAGGAUUACAAACCAGCAGUCAGUCAGUCCAACCACAGUGUGUGUUUCUGUUUCUGGCAGCGCCUGGGUUAAACUUUAACAACAUGGCCCCCAUCCGUAACACCACCACAAACGGAGCAGACAGAGGUGAUAACUGCAGUGAGAUCACAUCUGACAGAAAGAUGAGGAAACCUCUGGUGGAGAAGCAGAGAAGAGCUCGCAUCAAUGAAAGUUUACAAGAACUCAGAGUUAUCGUGGCGGAUACAGACUUACAAUCAAAGAUGGAGAACGCUGAAGUGCUGGAGAUGACAGUGAAACGGGUGGAGAGCAUCUUACUCAACCGGGCUCAAGAAGUGGACGCCGUUAACCGGGAGGCCUGUGAACGGUUCGCGGCAGGCUACAUCCAGUGUAUGCACGACGUGCACACUUUUGUGUCCAGCUGCCCGGGGAUUGACCCGACGGUAGCCGCGGAGCUGUUGAACCACCUCCUGGAGAGCAUGCCCCUGAACGACGAGGACCGCCUCCGGGUGCUGCUGCCGGACACGGUGGCGGAGAGCCCCGACAGUAACAGCACUUGGUCCCGGUCUGAGAGCAUGGCGUCCCCGGCCCCCUCCUCCACCACCUCCUCCACCGAUGACCUCUGCUCUGACCUGGAUGAGACGGACUCCGAGCAAAGUCAGGUUUCCUCUUCAGAGGAGGCUGACAGCCAGGAUGUGUUGAACUCGCCUUCGUUAACUUACUCCACGUCAAUGUGGAGACCAUGGUAGAUCAUUAAAAAGGUCAAAGGUCAAAGGUCAAAGGAAUAGCAUGAUUUAAACUACACUAGAUGAUUUAGGAUGUUUUGUGGUGUAGGCACCAGUACAUGACAACUUUGAAACUUGUUGAAAGGCACCUGAGAAGCUCUUUGUGGAACUACAAUUAAACUAAAAAUGUAUUUAAUAAAUAAAGUAUGUAAUUAAAUCUGUUUUGCAGAGGUCAGAGACUUGUAGGGUCUUCAUUUGGAAGUGUAUUGGCCUUGUAUAUGGGCCUGCCUUCAGUGAAGGGGUAAAUGCAUAUGUAAAUAUUUACUUGUUGAAUAUGAAUGGGAUGUAUAGAAGCUAUAGCUGUCCCCACUAGAAAUGCAUUGUUAGUCGUGUGUGUAAAUUAUUUUGUAUUUAGGAUGUCUUUUAACUUUGUAUUUAUAAGUGACUUUAAGUAGGCUACCUCAUCUUGAGUUUUAAACUUUUCAAUAAAUAUCUUUUUUUGACUUUUAAA